AUGGUGACCAGAUUAUUCAGAAUUGACGUCAAGAAGAGCUUUUCUUCAGCUACCACUUGUCUAAGAGAGUGGAGAUUGGUGGAAAGUAGAAGGGUUGCGAAACAACCUGAUUACAAAAUUGGUGAUUUCAGACCACUGUAUAUCCCAAAGAAGAGAAAAGUGUUUGCAGAUUAUAAAUACGGUCCAUCAAACAUUUUCAAGCAGAGCAAUAAGGGGUUAUAUGGUGCCUCCUUCGUGCAAUAUGGUAAUAACAUCCCAGAGAGCAAGACCAAGACAAGAAGAAGGUGGCUACCAAAUAUUGUAAAAAAAGGUUUAUGGAGCGAAACUUUAAACAAAAAAAUCAGCCUCAAAAUGACAGCCAAAGUUUUGAGGACCAUAAGUAAAGAAGGUGGUAUUGACAACUACUUGACCAAAGAAAAAUCCGCGAGAAUCAAAGAACUGGGCCCGUUGGGCUGGAGAUUACGUUACACAGUUCUUAAAAAACAAGAUUCUAUCAAAAACCCACCACAUAAAGAUGCUCAACUAAUCGAAAACUCAAACGGUGAACAAGUUACAGUUUAUUACAACGAACAAGUGAACGGCGCACCUCUGAGAAUAACCGUUGGAAGAAGAAAACUCAUGCAGUUUCUCUAUCCUUUGGAAAAAUUGGAGCGCAAGGCAGACAAUAUAUCUAUCGAUCACCACAGGUUUGUUGAGCUUUAUUCAAAUGCAUCGAUUAAUGAGCUUUUGACAAAGCUACAGCAGUACGGUUUCGAUUUAUCUACCAUCAGCAUAUGA